GGGGGGGCGCGUGACGUCACAUCCUCCCCCCCUGACCAAUAUGGCCGCCGCGACGUCACUCGCGUAACCGGAUGCAGCGGGGCUCAGGAUCAGCUGAUGGUCUCUCCGCUCAGGGCUGAAGUUCCACAGGUAUGGCUGAAGCCACCGGAAUUCCAGCCCUUGACGGCGUUCGUCGGCAGAACGACUCUGGGGAUGUUACCGGCGGCGGCGGCGGCGGCCGUGUUGGUGGUGACGAUGGCGGUGAAGGUGCGGUAGAUCUCACCGGCGAAGGCGACGGCUGUGACGAAGCGACCGCAACACGAGCUCACGGUGACGGCGCCGGUUUGGAAGACCCUCCCGGCGACGCCGGUGCCGCCACCGCCGACGGUCCGGGCGGUCCUGACGGCGACGGACGUCUCGCCGCCGCCGCCGCCGCCGCCCACUCGCAGGCUCCGGAGUCUCGCCGCCACCGCCGCGGCAGCGCCGGCAACGCCGACGCCGGCGGCACCGGCGAAAACGGCGGCGGCGAAGCGUCCGACGCGGCGUCGCGGGCCGUGGAGCUGUUGACGCAGGGGUUGGUGUCUCACUACCUUCCCGACCUGCAGCGAGCGGGAAGGUCGCUGUCCGAGCUCACGAAAACUCAGAUGGUGGUGAUGGACACCCUUGACCAGGAGAACGGCAAACUGCGCGAAUGCCAAGCUGCCACGGCCUUCAGCACACUGUUUACAGAGGCGCGGAUGUACCAGCAGAAGCUGGUGGCGGUGAGGAGAGACAUGCUGGCCCUGCACGAGAAGACCACCAAGCUGAAGAAGCGAGCGCUGCAGCUGCAGCAGCAGAAGCAGAAGGAAGCGCUGGAGCGGGAGCAGCAGAAGGAGCGAGAGAUGGAGCGGGAGCGGCACCUGCUGGCGCGACCCGCCAAGCGUAGCUGACACGCCAGCUGACACGACCCCGCCAAGUG